AUGGCUGCUCUCCCCAGCGAAUACAAGGACCACGUCCGCAUCGCCGUCAUCGGCGGCACAGGCAUCCAAGACCUGCCCGGCUUCACCAAAGUCGCGUCCCUCGACAUCGACACCCCCUGGGGCAAGCCCUCCUCACCCAUAACAAUCCUGCACCACCAAUGCAGCGUAUCCGGAAAAGACGUGCCUGUCGCCUUUCUCAGCCGCCACGGCACACACCAUCAGAUCGCCCCGCAUGAGGUGCCCAACAGAGCGAAUAUUGCUGCGCUGCGUAGCGUAGGCGUUAGAACCGUGAUUGCCUUUUCAGCCGUGGGCAGUCUGCAGGAAGCCAUCAAGCCGCGUGAUUUCGUUGUGCCGGACCAGAUCAUUGACCGGACGAAAGGUGUUAGGCCCUUUACCUUCUUCGAGGGCGGUGUCGUGGCCCAUGUCCCAUUUGGGGAUCCGUUUGAUGAGAAUGUGGCCAAGGUUGUGCGCGCAUGUGGACAUAGUCUAGAGGGCGAGGGUGUGGUGUUGCAUGAUCGGGGAACGCUCGUUUGCAUGGAAGGUCCCCAAUUCUCGACUCGCGCCGAGAGCAACAUGUACCGCUCCUUCGGCGGCUCCGUGAUCAACAUGUCUGCGCUGCCCGAGUCCAAGCUGGCGCGUGAGGCUGAGCUCGCGUACCAGAUGAUCUGCAUGUCGACAGACUACGACUGCUGGCACGAGUCGACCGCCGACGUGACGGUGGAAAUGGUCAUGGGGAAUAUGAAAGCCAACGCCGUCAAUGCCAGGCGGUUCGUCGGCGCGGUGCUCGAUGCUUUGGCGCUUGAUUCUAAUGCGGAAACGGUUAACGCUAAGCAUUUGGAAGGGGGCGUCAAGUUCGGCAUCAGCACGCCUCAGACAGCGUGGAGCGAGGAUGCGAAGAAAAGGAUGGACUGGUUGUUUCCUGGGUAUUUCACCUAG